AUGUCGGCGCCGCAGCCGCUGCAGAUCCGCGAGGCGAACGCACACCUGGCGGCUGUGCACCGGCGCGCCGCGGAGUUGGAGGCGCGGCUGGACGCGGCGGAGCGCACAGUGCGCGCCCAGGCCGAGCGCCUGGCUCGCCACGACCAGCAGCUGCGCGCUGCCCUGGACGAGCUGGGCCGCGCCAAGGACUGUGAGCUUGCCGCUCUCCAGGAGCAGCUGCUGACCUCCGAGGCCACUGUCCACAGCCUGCAGGCUGCUGUGCGUCAGAGGGAUGAGCUCAUUGGGCAGCUGCAGCCCCGGGCGGAGCUGCUGCAGGACAUCUGCCGUCGCCGGCCACCCCUGGCCGGGCUGCUGGCUGCCCUGGCGGAGGCUGAACGCCUGGGGCCCCUGCCAACCAGAGACCCCAGCCACCCGCUCCCUGGUGGGCCCAGUCCACGCCUUGCCAACAGUACUGGGGAAGAGGAGGACAGGGACCACCUCCAGCCUGCAGUGUUUGGGACCACUGUGUGAGCCUGGAGCACAGAUUUCACAAUGGAGACAGAGUUCCACUGCUGUGGGUGUCCUCGGGGGUCACCAGUGUCCCAGAGGGGACCCCGUGGCAGAGCCAUAAUCCUUUCCAAGCAUCAAACCUGCUAAAAAGUCAUAGGUUUCAAACAGGCCGCCCAAGGGCCAAAGGCAUAUGGUUAGCCUGGACAGGUUUUUUUUUUUUUUAAGAUUUUAUUUUUAAGUAAUCUCUACACCCAAUGUAGGGCUUGAACUUAAAAUCCUGAGAUCAAGAGUCGCAUGUUCUACCAACUGAGCCAGCCAGGCGCCCCUUGUUUUUUUGUUUUUUAAACAAAACUUUACAUCAAUCAACUUGUUGAAAAAUUGGCAACAUUUCACAAAAAUUCGGAUUUCUGGCUUCAGUCUUGGCCAUGCCUGCUUAGAUCUGAGCUCAGGAUACCCUCUUUAGCCAAAGUGUGAGGUCCAGUUGGCUCCCUCAUCUCUCUUAGGGCUGGAUGUCUGGCCCCUGAAGCAUCUGAGUUUGAGAUCUCUCUUGCUCGUGGGGGCAGAUGUAUCAAGUUUUUCUCCCCCUUUUCCCCCUGCCCUGAUCUUCGUUCCUUCUGAAGCAUCCUUCAUCCUAGGCUAAAGCUUUUUCUUAUUCUUCAUCCCAGACCAGAAUUGGGAACCUCAAGCCUUGUGCUGUUUUGCAGUGGCUGUAUGAAGAUGGAUUUUGAAUCCUAGAUUCUUUCCCCUAACUCUGUCCUUCCCUCAACGUUUAACCCAGAAGGGAGAGCGUGCGUGUGAGACAUGCUGACAUGCUGGCAGCCAGGCUGUGCUGCCCCAGGGAAAACUCAGGCAUCCCUCAGCCUUUCCACUGGCUGUUCCCUCUGCUUAGACUGCUCUUCCCCCGGAUGUCACAUGCCCCGUUCCUUGUCACUCAGAUCUUUGCUCAGAUGUCACCUCCUCAGGGGGGGGCCUUCCCUGCCUACCUUAUUUGAAGUAACCCCGUCCCCUGCUCUUACCCAUUCUGUUUUCUUCACGGGACGACCUGUCAUCAGAGUGUAAGCUACCUGAGGCAGGGCUUUUCUUCAUCGCCAGCGCCAGGUGCACCCUGGGGCCUCGGUAGGAACAGGAUGGGGUUUGUGGGCCCUGAAGGGAGCCGGGGGCCCCUAGCACAUCUGAUGAGGCCCCAGCCAAUUCAGCUUUUGUAGCAAGCAGCCCGCUCCUUUUUAUAUUCCCUAGAGAAUUUAUUUUUAAACUCCUUAUUUCUAUGCUGCCCUUCUUGGCCAGAGACAUUCAGGGUGCUAUUAUUUUUUAAAUCAAACCAGGGAACCCUGUGCCUUUCUCUGCCCAGCCGAAGUGCCCAGCCUGGUCCCACGCUAGCCCUUUUCCCACCUCCUUACUCAGGGAACUGUCACACCAGGAACCACUGAGGGGCAGGGCCCAUUUUGGCCUGGAAAGGUCGGGGUCCGUCCCCAGCCCUCAGGAUGGUGCAGCCUGCCCGCCUGGCAUCUAACAGUGACCCCUCAGUGCAGUAACAAUGGCCCCAUUUUCUCUGGAUGAAUAGGGGGGCUGCUUGUACGAAGAGAAGGCAGGUUGAGGCCUGUCUGAGCUUAAGAAUAAAUCAGAUGAUUUCCUGGC